ACGGUGGAGUAGGAAAGUCUACGAUUCUACGACAUCCCACUCGUGCUAGACUACUCUAUAUAAACCCGACAAUGCAAACAAUAUCACUCUUCAAACUCGCAUUCUAAAAGAGCCACGAAUUCGAAACGGGUGCCUGCCAGUUAUCCUCGAACGCGAAUACACAGUUGUCAUUCGUGGUGUUGGUCUGAACACGCGUAUGCUGCAUGCGCACGGGAACUGCACGCUUAGUACCCGACGUUACAAACCAACCCACCGCGAAUCGGCAAGUUGCCUCUCCGAGCUCCCGCCGCGAUGGCCCCGCCACGAUUCCGGUUUCUCCUGUUUAGCUGUCUGGUCGCACUGACGCUGAGGUUAUCACACUGCCAGGGAAGAAGACAGUGCGAUUGCAAUGCCGAGGGCAACAUAACCUACGUGUGCCUACUGCGAUGCGGACGGGGAAGCUCAGGCGGAGGCGUAAUUGUGAUGCCGGUGAAAAAAUCACCCGUUCCCUCGCCGUUUCAUAAAAUGCAGGAGAAAUUCGCGUUGCACCAAGACAGAUCCGAACAAGACAUAGUUUCAUUAAAGAGAGAUACCGUUAAGCCCCGCCCAUUCUCGCUAGCUUCCUUGCAGAGUACCGCGAGGAGACUGCGGGAACUUCUGAGUCUAACUAAUGCCAUCGAACCACGUGGCUCGCAGUAUACCUAACGUAGCAUGCCUAUUCACGAGACCGGACAGCCUUCAGUCAAGUCGCUUUCUACUCUGUAUUCUACAUUAAGUCUGCUCUUGAAUCGUUAUUUCCUAUUGUUAUCUGCGGACACAAAUUAGACUAUUAAAUAUUAGUCUAUGUUGAGACUGGAAUCAAGGCUUACACGAUAAUUUAAGUUAAUACUAUAUUUUUUUCAUAAUUGUAUUAAUGACGUAAGUUCAGAAAUCACUUUCAUAACGGUUGUUAAUUUUUAAAGGUCUAUACAAGGAAUGACUCGUUCCCUUUGUUGUAAGACAUCCAAUACAAUUAGAAAAUGUAAAUUUUUUUAAAGGCCGAACAAGAACUGUUCCGGUGCCGUCAAAUAAAAUUUGACAUUACGUCGGGUAUUCAGACGUGGGAGCACACCAGACACAACUUGGGUAUUCAUGGUGCCUGUCCACUUCACUGGUUACCAGAAAGUCUUUAUAUUGGGCACGUACAAAGCUGAAAACCAGUGAUAUUAAAUGAUAUGAAUAAUAAUAUUUUCACUAAUUAUUUAGGAGGUCCAUUAGUUUUAGGGUGGGGGAGUUGGCCUUGUGGUUAGGGUUCGUGAUCCAUGAUCAGAGGGCAAGGGGCUCGAAUCAAGAUGCUGGCAAUAUGUUGUGUCCUUGGGCAAGUCACUUCACCCCACUUGCCCCUCUCCACCCAGGAGUAUAAAUGGGUACCGGCAUUACCUGGGGAGUAACCUGCGAUGGACCGUCAUCCUGUCCGGGGGGGGGUAUAACUAUUCUCCAAGGGUUUCUUGUCAAGGAAACCGCCGACCUGAUGGCCUAUAUAUUGGCUCGUGACAGACUUUGCUUACUUUUCAUUAGUUUUAAGGGCCUACGAAAAUAUUACCUCCGCUAAGGAGAUUAUGUUUUCAUCGGCGUUGAUUAGUUUGUUCUUUAGUUCAUUUGUUUGUAAACAACACAUCUCAAAAAGUUAUAGAUGGAUUUGCAUAUUUUGUACAAGUACAAAUCGAUUAUUUUGGAAGUGAUCCGGAUCUGGGUCUGGAUCCAGAAUUUGUUUUAAGGAUUCUGCACCAUUUAUGCGAGUAUUUCUGUUGGGUGUUAUUUUAUUUUAUAUCUUCGGACAAUAUUUAAAAAUCUAUUUAAAAAAAAAGGAAAAUUGUCCUGGUCUAGACAAACGUUUAUUAUAGGAUAUUGUUCUGACAAUAUGGCGGGGAAUCGUUUGACCUUGGUGGAGGUUUGCGCUCUCUGAGUGCUGUCGAGUUAACUAAGUAUUUUUAACAUUAUAUUUUUUGCAAACAGCUAGGGCUAAUAUCAUUUUGUCUCAUUAUCAUUGUUGAGUUAAAGCUUAAGGAUUAAUUCAUGUUAUAAUCUGUAUUUAGCUUAUUAAAAGUACGUUUGACGAUGAAGGCAUAUUGUGUUAUAAUGACGAACUCGUAAAAAAAUGACUAUUGUAUUUGGUGAUGACCGCAACUUUGACAUCGAAUAAAAGUUUGAAUUAAACUGGAAAAA